CUUCACACCGAAACAUGGCAACACCUGGGAUCUAAACUAAAUAAUAAAUUAAACGUAAAUAGACUUAUUGUAGGUUUAUACUGCUAAUUACUAGUACUUAUAUGGUACUACAAGUACAACCUAAAAUAAGUAUUGGAAAUGUCUGGGUUUACAGAAGCUGCUUUAGAAAAAAAACUAGCAGAAUUGAAUAGUUCUCAGCAGAGUAUCCAAACUCUGUCACUGUGGCUAAUCCAUCAUAGAAAGCAUCAUAAAACAAUUAUCCAAGUUUGGUUUCGUGAACUUAAAAAAGCAAAACCAAACCGGAAGUUGACAAUGAUGUAUUUAGCUAAUGAUGUGAUACAAAAUAGCAAGAAGAAAGGACCAGAAUUUUCAAAAGAAUUUUUAUCUGUUCUCUGUAAAGCUUUUCAUAAUGUGACUCUUGACCCAGAUGAAAAGACUAUUGUUGGUGUUCAGAAAAUUUUGAAAGUGUGGGAAGACAGAAAUGUUUACAGUGGGAGUGACAUUGAAGAAUUCCGUAAAGCCACUCAUCAUACUGACCACAUUGGGAAUACUGCCUCCCAUCCCCCCUUAGUCACUUGUCAUUUAGGGGGAUUUGCCCAGACCUUUUUCCCAUUUGGUGGAUUUGUUAUUCAGCCUGAAGAACUGAUCAAAGCUCUUCAAGAUUUAGAAAAUGCAGCCUCAUCUGAUGCAGCUGUUCGAGAAGAAAUUGCAAAUCUUCCACCUGAAGUUUCUGAUGUGACAUUGUUAGAAAAGUUGGAUGACAGGGAAGCAGCUGAUAAACUGUCAAAGCAGGUGAAUGAAGCAUGUUCUUUACUGGACAACUACAACAGUAGACUACAACAGGAAUUAGAGGAUCGGAAACAAGUAGCCAAAAUGUUGAAUGAUUACACUUAUGCCCAGAGAAGUAUAUUAGCUUUAUCUGAACAGAAGCUUGAGGAAUAUAGAGAAAAAUUGCAAAAAGUAACAAGAGUGCAGAAUGAAUUGAAGUCCCAUCUGCAGAAUCUCCCAGAUCUGACACUUCUUCCAAAUGUUACUGAAGGUUUAGCCCCACUUCCCUCUGCUGGAGACCUGUUUAGCCAUCGUUGAAAAAGCACGUAGAGAAUUUCUGUAUUUAAUGUAUGUGGCAGUGGUUUAUUGGUGUAGCUACACUGAGCCAGCACAUAGUUGUAUAUGUGAGUAAAACAGGAAGAACUCUACAAUUAGUGUUGUCUAGGAGAUGAUUCAUACAAUUUUUAUUACUCACAGAAUGUUACUAAGAGGGCGAGCUUAUGUACAAAAUGUUGUAAAAAUUUAUGGACAUCAUUUCUGUCACAAACAUAUCAUUGUAAAUAAAAAAAGACAAAAGAAGCUUUUUAGUACUGAUGCUUACAGUAAAAAAAUAGUACCUAUACUAAAUCAUGCAAGAAAAGCAUUACAGUUUCAGUACAAAGAUAAUAACUAUGUAAAAGGAUGUCAAUAUAUAUCAGAAAAAAUGGAUUGUUACAUAGAUACAAAUAUAUGCAUACAGUAUCAAUGAAAAUAUAAUAAAUAAAAGGGAAGUCAAAACUACCUUUACUGCCCAUUCAAGCUUUUAAGUUAGAAAACACAUAUAAACUAGUUUUAAUACAGAUUGAAUGAGAAAAUGAAAUACUGGGCUGUCUUAGAUAGAAAAUAAGAUCGAAAUAAUGAGCAGUAAGUAACAACUAAGUAAGUUAAAUAGAUAUUAAUACUUCUGAGUAUACUGUUUACUUUUAAGAUAGAUCAAGUUCAUGUACUGCAUUUUGAUUACUCUUUUUUUUUAACUCACCACAGUGAAUAUUAAUAUAUUUCGAAAAAAUAUAUGCACCAUUGACACUACUAAGUUUUCUUCUGAAUACCCAACAGACAAGCUGUUUAAGGUACUAAAAAGAAAUAUGAAGCCCAAUCUAUGCUUCAGUUCAUUACCUGUCACUGAGUUAGACCAGUUUCAAAGAAUUCUACCACUUACCUAUCAUCAGUAACUCAGGGCAAUGGCAAAUCAAAAACAAGACUAAGCUUCUUAUAGUGUUAACAUCAAUAGGUUAGUUUGAGGUGUACUGCCCUUUAUAGGCUUUUUGAAACACACUAAAACAUUUGAAUCACUCUAAACAGUUGUUACCCCAGCAAACUGUAUACUGCUACAACAAGAAAGAGCCAAAACGUAAUGGUAACUAGGUAGACUUGUACUAGGAGUUAGUACAUGGCAUGUUAAUAGGAACAUGUUACUUGAUGUGCAUUGAUGAUAAGAUUAUUCUGUGACAAAUAGUUUAACGUUUAAAUAACAUAUGUCUAAAAUAUCUCAGUACCUUGAAAAUAUAAUGCAUAUUGCUUGCAUCAUUUGUGAGAAGUCUUAUAGUAUGAAAAUAAUUGCCACUGACUCUUCUAAUCUUUAUUUUGUAGAAUGAUUUAGUGGUUAUGUAACAAUGCUUCUGCGUUCUAAAUAGAUCUUAUAAGAUGGAUUAUGUGGUUUAUCAACGAGUUUGUGGAAUCUUAAAGAAUUUGAUGAUAAAGCCCAUUAUUUUCUGUGAAUUCUGUAAAUUAUGUGUAAGAGCAUAUUUUCUCAUUUGGCUUUUUACACCAUAUAUUUGAAGUUUUUAAUUGGUGUUAAUAAGACUUAAAAAGUUAUCAAGUGAUUCGUCAAUCCAAUAUUGGUUACAUCAUACUCAGUCACUGUCAGCAGGGCUGAAGCAGGAUUUUGUCAUUUGGAUCUGUAAUACAUACCAUUUCACAGUCAGGCAGUCACUAACAAAAUGUUUAAAUAGGUUUCUUCAUUUAGAAUUACAAAAUUUCUUCCUUCACAGUGAACCUACUAUUAACAUUUGGGUGUACUGUAUCUACUACUUCAUGGCUUAUCAGUCAUUAUUAACAAUUUUGAAGCAACUUCUUAUUUGGGCCUUAAAAAUCUUUUACUUAUCAGUCUGCCAGUCAUUGUCAUAAGGUUAAAGUUGGUGUCUGUUCGUCAGGUCUACAAUGUCUGUUACUUCACAGACUGUUAAUCAGUGCUUAGAAACAGAGAUCAUCAUUUGAGCAUACAGCAUUUGUUUCUUUAUAGUCUGCUGGUUACAAUCAACACUGUUAAACUAGAUUUCCUUACUUGGGUCUACAUAGGGUGACUAUAUGUCCCAGUUUUUCUGGAACAGUCCCAUUUCUUGAUAGUUUGUCUCGGUGUCCCCUGAAAAGUUCUCUGGGUGCACAACACAUCCCAUUUUAUGAUAGGCAUCAAACUGUCAGCCACAUUGAAUCAUGAAUGUAACAGGCCUACUUGACUUGCUCAUUGUUGUAACACAUACUCUCCUGCAUCCAAACCCUCUCAAAAGUUCCAUCUGUGCAUGGUGAGAAACCCAGGUCUGAAUGUGGGGACAGUUAAGUCAGUGCUCUUUGUAAAAACACAUUUACAGUCAUGUACUGAAUUUUAUAACAGAUAGCCAUGAACUGAAUUUUUUUAUUAUUUAAUGAAAAAACAGAACUUCUACAUUUCAUUCAUUCUUCACAAAAAUAUGUCUUAAAAAGUUUCAAAGUAAUGCUAAACCUAAAAGUAGUAUGUUUGACAAUGUUACGUAUUCUUAAAUAAAUCCAAGUAUGAAGUAGCUUAUUUUAUGAUGAAUUGGAUAUAGUGAAUAAUUAAAGAUUUUUUGGAUACAUAAUUUGACUAUUUUUGUUCACUUUUUUGUGUUUAUCAUAAAAAAAGUAGUUGAAGUUAUUUCAAAAACAUUGGAAAUAUUGUAGAACAGUUGAAUAAGUUUAAAGUAAAUUAAAUAAAAGUUUAAUUAUUUCAAACUUGUAAUAACCAUUUUGAAAUUAGGAGCAAGGGCUAGGCUGUCCAAGGUUUUUGGUCUGGAAAUCUGGUCACCCUAAGUCUACAACAUGUUUUCUUUACAAUCAACACUGUUAAACUAUAUUUCUAUAUCUGGAUCAACAUGUUUUCUUUACAAUCUGACAAUUACAGUCAACACUUCCUUUGGGUCUACACCCUCUGUUUCUUUAUAGUCUGCCAGUCAUUAUCAACAAAGUUUAUUUUAUGUUUCAUCUAGAAGGUGUGUUAUAUUGGUAACACCAAAAUAGUAAUUGACUACUAUACUUGUUGCCUCAGUGUCUACACUGUAAGGAUCUACUCCUUGUGUAUAUCUACACUGUCCAUUAUUCAUUGUCAACAGAAAAGAUCAUGAUUAUUUAUUUGGGUCUUGAGUAUUUGUUACUUCAGUGUCAAAAAAAUUGAGUUAUUCUUCUUUUUUAUUUGAGUAUUCAGUACCUGUUAUUUCACUAUCAACAAGACUGAAUCAUGCUUUUUUAUUAAGGUCUUCAGUUUCUGUUACUUCACUGUAAACAGAAUAAAACAAAGCUUGUUUAUGUGAAUCUACAAUAUCUAUUUACUUAAUGUCAACAGAAUGGUAACAUAGUUUUUAUUGGGUUUUUAGUAUAUUAUAACAGAAUAUGAGUGCACUUCUUUUAUGAGUCUACAAUAUAUUAUAACGUAGUGUAAGUAGAAUAUAAACAUUUUAUUAUUUGAUAGAAUAUGAAAUUAUGAAUGUACAUUUUUUAACGUUAUUAGUAUAUAUUGUGACAUUUUUGGCCAGUUGCUGUAAAGAUAAUAUAAAUAUGUAUUUCAAUGUUUUCAGUUUCUCUUACCUUAGAGUCGAGACUAGCACUAAUGUCAGUUUAUAACUAAAGGAAAAAAAUCCAAUAUAUUAAACCACUGACAACUAAAUUAUAAAACUAUAAAUAUUAGGUACAUUACGAAGCAGUAUAAGGGAGGUAUGGAAUUAAGCAGUAGAAGCUUGAAUUAACUAAACUGUCAUACCAAAUAUUUUAUUUUCUUACUGUUUUCAUUCAAGACAAUUGGGUUAUUUUUGCAGUCUUAAAGAAAAUUGUUUCUGUUUGAUAUAAUUAAGAUGCAUAACCAAGUCUGGCAUCAUAUUCUGUCAGAUACUGUUGUUAAUUAGGAAUAUAUGUCUGUGUAAAUUUUUUUUUCUACAAUGAAAACUUAACUUAUAUUCAUAAAGUUGCAAUCUUUCUUUUUUUUUCAUUUGAUUUUUUUACUUAGAAAAUUCAAGUGGACUGAAAAGAACAUGUUUAAGUGAUGAAUAAUAUUAUAAACAUCACUGAAUAUAUGUAUUGUAGUAUUCUAAUACUAUCCUGUUUUAAUUUAUUAACUGAAAAUUAUAAGAGAUGUCAACAAAAUGCUGUAUCUUGGAGCUAGAGGUUUUAAAAAUCCAGGUAUCUAGAUUAUUCCUGAUUAUAUGUUAAGUUCAGUUUUCAACUAAAGUACUUUUGUGCUUUUUUUUACCACAACUUUCCUAUCUGUAAUAUCAUGAAGUAAUUAGUUGAAUUGAAAACUGCUGAAAAGAUUAUCUUGCAUUAGUGUGAUUCUAUUGUAAUUAGCUUAUUUUUAUGAAACAGCACCAUGAAUGGCAAUUGUAACAUCACACUUAUGAAAACAAGUAUUUAUUUAGAUGCUAUGAUUAGAUUCUUUGUCAUUAAUUAAUAUUUCAUGAAAAUCUCUGACCAAACUAAAUGAAUAAAUGUUUUCUUUAAUGAACAGCUCUUGAUACUAAAAAUAAGACAAGAACUAUUGAAAUAACAAAUAAUGGUUGAUAAAGCCUAAGCUUAAAUGUAUAUCCAGCUUCACUGACAACUUAUUUUCCAAUAAACAUAUGUUUUGGGUCACUCUUUUAAAUGUUAUGCCAAAUGUUGUAUCACUGAAUUAUGAAAUAUUUGCUGUGCUUUGUGAAUGUAUAAUUUAUGUAAUCAUUGUUUGUUUGAAUAGUAAAUUGAAGUACAUUUUAUCAAAGAGUUUAGGAAAUUUAAUUUGUUAAAAGCAGUUUCACAAUGAACUAAAUAAGUAUGAAGCAGCAGUAACAUGAAGAAAGUAUCUCGUGAUCAGAGAUUUUUUGAUAAAAAAUUAAUGGAAAAGAAUACCAGUUCUUCAUUUUAAACUGAGAUUAUAUGCACAAGGUUUUUUUUUUAAUUGAAGACAUUGUAUCCAGAAAAUCGUUAAGUGAAGAUUUGACAAAAAUGACCUAUAUGAGAAACUUCAGAAACUUGCCUCAUUGACAUCACAUUGGUAUUUUAGAAAAAGUACAUAAAUAAACAAUUAAUUUACAGUGGUAAUUUAUAAGAAUUUAGUCUCGGUUAGUAUAAUGUUGUGAGAGGUACAUAAGAAAAUGUAUCUUUUGUGACCUUUGACUAAAAAGUGUGCUUUACAUUUAAAUUUUAUAUAAUUGGGGGACAGUUUCCUUCUAAUGACAUUGCUGUAAAAUUUGGUACUGUCCUUAGAAUUUGGUGACAUCUGGUCACCUUAGACUACAUUUCUUUGGUAAUUAACUGUUUAUUGAGAUAAGGGUUUUAGGAUUGUGAAGCUUUUAAAAGGUUCAAUCAAAUUUUUUUGCAUCUGAUGUUUAUUUGAGUAACUAAAUACAUUGAAAUUAUUCUAUACUCAAGUUAAUAAGUAUGCUCAUUGUUCAAGUUGUAAGUUAUCUUGAUUAAAGCAUCUAGAAUUACUUAAGUAGCUGAAUUUAUCAAUCUUUAUACCAAACUCUCAGGCUCAAAUAAAAUCACUUUAAGAUUGAGCUUGUAGUGAGGAGCUGCUGUAUCCCUCAAGUGACAGAAAUUCAUAAGAUAUACAGUAUUGAACUUUAAUAUAGAAACAGAGGAAAAGUGGGUAUAUAAUGCAAAUUAUCUUCGGCAAAUAUGCACAAACAUUAGCACAAUGCAUUAUGACAGAAGAUAUGCAAAGACAUAUUAAUACACUGUGUAGAAGAUUAAUAUUUGGAAUAUGAGCCCAUUGCUCUAUAUAGGGCUUGACAUCAUACCUUCAUGCUCCAAUACAGUUUCUCAAUGAAGGACUAUGGUAUGUUGUUCUUAAUAUCCUGUAACACCAAAUCGUCCAAAUUGUUUGAUUGCUGUAUAACAUUUUCAGCACCCAUAUAACACCAUAUGGCCUCAAUGAUGUCCAUAUUAGGACCUUGUGAAGGCCAUAACAUUGUUGUGAGUGUUCCAUCAACCUCUUUACGUUCCAAUAGGUUUUCACAAUAUUUGUUGUAUGCUUGGGGUCAUUUUCAUCUUAAAGAUGAAACUCUGCCCAAUAAGAUACAUUUCUGACAUGGUGGUUCAGAACCUGCUUGUAUCUGUCAACAGUCAGGGUACCUUCAGUUCCGAUACGGUACAUUACCUCCACUCACAUAAAUAGCUAUUCUCAUUCAGUGCUUCCUCCAUAUGCAAACAAUUUUUUGGCAGUACUCGCAUUCAAAUGUUUUUUGCUUUUGGUGUUUUUCGUGUGCUUUGCACACGUAAAUUUAAUAGUUUCAAUUCCAAAGUGGGAUUUCUUCAUCAAUUUUUGCAUUAUAUUGAAGAUGCCUUUUACUUUAACUUAAUUUCCCAGUCAUUUUUUUUUCUCACACACUUGCAUUUGUCUAUCAAACAAUUUUGUUUGAUUCAUAUUUCAGAAAUGAAUUCUUAGGUACAUGUUACCACUUCAGGUAUCAUAUCUCCUACAAGCACUCUUUCUCUCCGCCGGGAGAUUAAUUAUUAUAUGGGUCAACCACUUCCUCCUGAACAUGCUGAACCUGUUUGGGUCAAUGAAGAUUUUGAUAGCCUUUUUCCACCACUGGAUUUUGCCAUGUCUUCUUAUGCCCAACCUGCAAAAUCAGCUAGGCCUAAUAUGGCAAUUUUAGACAUGAUUUCUCAGGUAUGUGAUGUUUUAUGCAUUUCCCCAAUUCCCUAUAAUCCCUGUCCUUCUUUGUUGCAUCAUAAUUCUUCCUCUCCUUAUUUAGUUUGCCCAUCCUCACCGGACAUUAACAUUCAUGCUGAGCAACUUGCUUCACAAUUGGUUGAGGGUACCUCACCCUCCACAGACUACAGAUUAGUUUGCUUUGGCUUACCGUCAAGCUAACUCUCUGUUUCUUGAUUCUCAGCAAUUGGGGUCUAUUUUACCUGUGUGGGGAGCAAUCUCUGAUUUUCCUGUGUGUUUAACCCAUACCCAAUUUUCAUGCCCUUGUCUUACCCUUACUUCACUUCUAUGGUAUUUAUCUACCAUCAAUCAUUUCCGAGGCAAUACAUCGAGAUCCUGAACGUUUUUCGAGGGACAGCUUCUCCCUUAUUACCUCCACAUUGGCUCAUUUGUCAUCUUUGGCUGUUGCUUUUCACACGUGGUUUCUCAGUUGUUGGGAUCUUUUGUGUCAGAAUACGGCCUUGUCCCAGGUUCAUUUGCUGCCCACUUAUCUAAGGGAUUUAUGUAAGACCCAUUUCCUUAGGCAGUAUGUUUUCGAUCAUGUGUCUGAGAUUUUGGAAUUAUGUGUGGAGUCUGUGCAUCAAAACUCUAACCUUUCCUCUUUGGUAGCUCGUUUGUCCUAUUCCUGUUUUCCAACCCAGUCCUUCUCAACCAUUACCUCUUCCUCCCUCCAGGGGUUCUUCAUCUCCUUUUAUUUGACAUAGCUGGGCAUGAUGCCAACAGUACUGGUAACUACCCAGUGGGUUCCAGUCUAGUGGGAGCUUGAUUGUGCAAAUCUGUUCCCCUUUAGAAAUCUUUUGCUACAGAUCAGUGGGUUAUUUGGGUUUUAUCACAGGGACUUAUCUUCCAAUUUCUUCCCCCUUCCUUUGUCUCAAAUACCCAUUUCCUUGCCCCCAGUGGCACAGCGGUAUGUCUCUGGACUUACAAUGCUAGAAUCCGGGUUUUGAUACCCGUGGUGGGCAGAGCACAGAUAGCCCAUUGUGUAGCUUUGUGCUUGAUUACAAACAUAUAAACCCAAUUCCUUCUAUUUGCCUCGGGAUCCUAUCACCUGCCAGCGUCAAGAAGUGUCAGCGUAUUGGUAUGUGGCUGAGAAGUCUUAUCAUAUGAACAUUCUGGAGCUAUAUGUCGGGCUUUGAUCUGGUAAUGAUCCAUUCUGACAAUUCUACGGUGAUUGCUUAUCUCCAUCACCAGAUUUGCACGAGUUCUUGGUCCCUCUGUAAUCCUACAUUGGAUCUUCUUUUUUUGAGGCCAUAUGCAAGAUAUUCAUAUCAUUGCAUGUCAUGUUCCGGGUGCUUUCAAUGAUGUUUUCCAGUGGCUUUGCCAUAUCUCUCAACCACAAACUACCUCUUUUUUGGUUUCCAGUACCUCAUCCUCUUGCUGUCAAUGCUUUCAGCCAGGAUUGGACCAACAAAUAUCUAUAUGUAUAUCCUCCCAUUCGACAUCUUCACUGGGAGAUUUCGAUCAUCUAUACCACUCUGUGUCAAGUCCUUCUGAUUGCUCCUUACUGGCUGCCCCAGCCAUGGCUUCUCCAGCUCCAUCUUAUCCCUCCAUUACCUCUUCCUCUGUCUCCCUCCCUUCUUCAUCAACCUUGGUCACUGGUGCUUCAUCCAGCCCUUCAUGCUUGGUAUUUAUCCAGACCUUGGUGAGGAGGUCCAGCUUUGUGCUGGCGAGUAACUUCAUUUCUGGCUCAUUCCAUUUGCCCUUCUCCAUGGAAGUUUAUCAAUGUCAAUGGAACAUUUUCUGCAGUCAGUUUAUGGGUUGAGGGUUUUCUGCUGAUCAACUCACUGUUUCUGAUAUUGUGGAAUUUCCUACAUGGCUUCGUGAUUGAGGGUCUUCUAUCUCCUCAGUAUCAGGUUUUCAGGCAGCUUUGUCUUGCAUCUUUUGUUUUUCCCGAUGCUGUAUUAUAUUUACCUCUUCUACAUUUUCCAUGUUAAUGUGUUCCUUCCGGAUUCAUCGUCCACUACAGGAGGCUACCCUUCCAGACUGGGAUGUUAAUGUGGUUUUUCACUGCCUCAUAUUGCCUCUAUUCAAAUCACUUUCCACAUGCUCCUUGUUUCAUCUUUCCCUUAAGACAUAUUUUUUUCUCCUUUCAGCCUGUGGAUGAUGGAGGUCUGAUUUCUUUGCUAUUGAUGUUUCACGUACUCUUUAUCAACCUACAUAUAUUCUCCUUUACCUGGAUCAUCCUUUCCACCUCAAAACUUUGGCAGCUAUGGAGGGAAACAUCUCCUUUUUGCUGAUUUCCCUUCCUUCCAUUUCCCACCUUUAUUCAAGCUUUAUCCAGACAGAUAUUGCUCUUUGCUGUUAUACUGCUUGCAUGGCUUCCUUCCAUGGCAUCCAUUCCCACCUCCUUAUUUCUUAGCAGCAUUCUUUCCCUCACACUGGUCCCUCCAUCUAUUCAAUCUGGGAUUCUAGCUAUUUAUGUUAGUGGA